AUCACUUUACCGCUCUGUAAGCCAGCGCAAUGGUCAUUCAUAGUGGUGCACAUUGCCAACUAUGUAGCCAUGUUCACGAACGACUUGUCGGUACGUACGCUAUGAUUCAAACGCGGACAUGGUUCUAUUCCGUGAUAUGUCUAUGAUCGUGCGGUUCUAUUCCGUGUUACGUGCACAAGCGUCCGUGUCGUGUCAAGAAAGAUCGAACAGCCCGGCCAGUACCAUACCACGGUGUAAACGGUGUAAACGUGGCCUGGACGCUCUAAUUUCUCUCCCAGAUAUCGGACAUUCGCGCACACGCGUGCGAAACGCGUAUAUGUAUUAUACACACAAACACAUAUACACACUAUGUCAUAUGUAUGAUUCUUACAAUGUUUAUAUUGUUUGUACACGCGGUUUGACAUAAAAUUGGUAGUGUUCUUUUGAGUGUCUUUAGGAUAGUCUCAUCGUUUUCCUUUAUGGAUGAUUAUUUUGAUAAAAAUUCUCCGCUAAAUACCUCGUUACUGUAUACAACGAUGAAUUCCGCAGUAAAAAAACGUUGUCCCUUUUCGGAACAGUGUUAUCGAAAAAAUCCGAUUCACUUUAGCGAAAUGUCACAUCCUCAUUUGGAAAACUUGUUGAUAAAUCAACUGGAUAGUGUAAUUGAAAUUCCUGAGGUUCUCCACUUUACGUGUAAUGAUCGUUCGCAGUUGUUGGAUCAAUUGAAAGUAUUACAAAUGGUGCUUAGAAAAGAAAGAGAGAAAAAUAAAGAAGUUUCAUCUGGUUCGUCCUCUACAAUACAAUCUUCCUCCUCUGCCACAUCAGGUGUCAAAAAUGAUUUGAAAGAAAAAGUAGAAAGACAUAAGAAAUUAUUGGAACAAAGAAAGCAAAAUAAGCUCAAACAGAUGGACAUGGAAGCACAGGCGUUAACUAGGGCUUUGGAUAAGGAAGAGAGAUUGGAACAGAAUUCAGAGACCAUAAAAGUGAGAAAGAGAACUCAGGAAUCAACUCAGGGUUCUUCUGUAACAAAAAAGAUGAAACAAAUGAGCAUUGAAAGUAGCAGUUAUGACAAUAAAAAACAGAAUUCUCAAAGUAGUUCUACAAGUAGUGAACGAAGUUCAAGCUCCAAAACAGGAACGUCUAUUAUUGAUCAGUAUCUAGCUUGUGAUUCCGAGAAGUCCAGAAAUGAAUUCAGAAAAACUGCUAUUCAGAUGAUGAAAAAGUCCGGAUAUUCUGUAUCAGUUGUGGAGCCAGGAGAAUUCGCAAUAAAAUACGCUCUUUCGGCGCCGUAUCACUUGUUUUUCACGAGAGUUGAAAAAUCCAAAGAGACAUACAAUCAACAGUUUUCUAUAACUUUUCCUGAAAUUCUCGAUAUCAGUCUCGGAGAAAUUGUCAACAGUCUACAUUUCAAUUUUAUGGUAGACGUCGGAUGGUUGUGUCUGCAGUAUUUGUUGGCUGGCCAACGUGCUGAAAUGACAAUAUUAUAUGGUGAGAGAGUAGAUCAGGAGAAAGUUGGCAGCAACAUCAUCUUGAAGGAAAUAGAGAUGCCAACAAAAUUUGGUUGUCAUCACAGCAAAAUAAUGAUCUUGCAGUACAAAGAUGAUGGCAUCAGAAUAAUUGUCUCAACUGCCAAUUUAUACUCUGAUGACUGGGAAAAUAGAACACAAGGAUUAUGGAUCUCGCCUCAUUUGCCUCGACUGUCAGAAUCCGCGAAUCCCAGUGACGGAGAAUCUCCAACGGGUUUCAAAAAGGAUCUCGAACGAUAUUUGAACAAAUACAGAGAUCCGAUUUUAACACAGUGGAUAUGGGCGGUGCGAAAAGCGGAUUUCUCUGCCGUGAAUGUGUUUCUCGUCGCUUCAGUUCCCGGGAAUCACAAGGAUGCUGAAGCUAAUUUUUGGGGACAUAAGAAACUGGCGCACGUUCUAUCGCAUCAUGCUACAUUGCCGCCAGAUGCUCCUCAGUGGCCUAUAGUCGCUCAAAGUUCCAGCAUAGGCAGCCUCGGUCCGAACUUCGAAAGUUGGUUGUCGAAAGACAUAAUUCCGUCUAUGUCUAGGGAGACCGCGCAAGGUUUAAAAAGUCAUCCGAAUUUCAAGUUUAUUUACCCAUCGGCAGAGAAUUACAAACAAAGCUUCGACUGUCGGAAUUUGUCCUGCUGCUUGCCAUACAGUGCACAAGUGCAUUCGAAACAAGAGUGGAUAGAAUCUUAUCUAUACCAGUGGAAAGCUACGCGAACAAGACGAGACCGUGCGAUGCCUCAUAUCAAAUCAUACACGAGGAUUUCACCCGACUUGAAAAGUAUUCCUUGGUUCGUGCUCACAAGUGCAAAUCUGAGCAAAGGUGCAUGGGGAGUUCAACGAGUCAACCAUUACAUAAUGAGCUACGAGGUCGGCGUUAUAUUCCUACCAAAGUUUAUUACAAAUACGACAACGUUUCCUAUUAAAGAAGAAGAGGAUCCGGCUGUGCCAAUAUUUCCGAUUAUAUACGAUCUUCCGUUGUGCCGAUAUGAUUCAAACGACAAACCUUUUGUCAGCGAACUUCUCUACAGUUUAGAACUCACUGGGAGCGAGUGACGUCAAAGUUCUCUGAACCGCUCUGAACCUGAACCUCCCACCUGAAAUCCAAGUUAGAUGUUCUC